UUAAAGGAAGCUUUAAAUUAAAGGACAAAGAGCAGAGCUUCAGGAGAAGCGGGAGGGCGACUGUUCGAAUCCCCUUGGAAGCAAAUUUGAAAUUGGGUUGAAAAGAGGGAAAAGGCAAUGGCUCUGGUUCAAUUCUGCGGAGACGAUAACGAUUUGGACGAUGCAGAACUCUGGGCCGUCAUCGACUCCGCGUCUGCUUCACAUUCCGUUCAGAAACAACAGUCCCGCAAUAAGCCUCCUUUUUUUCCCCCGCCCGGCGGCCAAAAGACGAUCUCAAAGAAUGCUUGUUCUCCUUCGACAGAUGUUUCUCCGUACCCGCAAAGGGCCCAGAAAAACCAGAAAAGAUUUCAAGCAGACUAUCAUGUGGAAGAGGAUUCCUCCUUUUCUCCCAACGGCGAAGUUGUGCAGCGCCCCUGGACGCGCCCCCUUGCUCCUCUGCAUAAAUUCGCCAGACACGACAAUGGAAACAAUAACAGCAACUACAAUAACAAUAAUGAUUCAUGGAGACAGCAGCAUAAUAAUAGCAAUAGCAAUUAUGCCUGCUUCGUAAAACCGCUGCAAAUUCAGCAGUCUUCAUCUCCACCUCCGCCUGCCUUAAAAAAGCAUCCGAUUCAAGAGCUUGCUUGCCGCGACGCCAUGGCUUCAAAGGAGAAUGCCCCUGGCAUGGUUUCUGCGACCCUGUUCAAGCACUAUCAAGAUACAGCCAUGUCGAUUUUGGAGAAAUCCGACUAUACUAUACUCCAAGGCAAACCGUUCAUCAAAAAAACUGGUUGGCGAAAGAUAGCUUUUUUCUUCAAUAUUUCACUUGAGAUUAAAGACAAGAACAUUCAACUUGAUCAAAACCUUAAUGUACUUCGAGCCGAAUUUGUUGCUCGUGCAAGCAUGCAGGGUGGAAGGUUUUCAGAUGCAUGGGGUUCUUGUGAUCGUGUAGAGAAGAAAUUCUCCAAGCCAAAUCAUGAUAUCCCUAGCACAGCUGAGACAAGAGCCAAAACUAGAGCUGUUCAGGAUCUGCUUGGAAUAGGAGAGUAUAAACAAGGAGUUGGUAAUUCUCGUUGAUAUGUCCAGAGAGGAGGUUUGAAUACUUUAUAGUAGGUGAAGACCAGGGAACAAACCUGCACCAAGGUUUCAUGCUGCAUCUCAAGAUAAAACGACAAUUGCUAAGGAGUUGUGGCAAAACACAAUAUACAGCUGACUUUUAUUGGGUUCUUCACAGUCUCACUCUAUUGUAUAUUACUAUUCUUCAAGGCUUUGAUCUUCAAACUUUUGCAGGUCAAAAGCAAUUAUUCCUUUUAUAUUUCAUAUUCAUAUUCAUGGCCAAACAGUAACUAUUCUUUGAUGAGCAUAGCCAGAUAAAUCUAUUCUCAUACACUAAAGAAUUUAGUAUGAGCAUGAAGAGGACGGUUUUCUGAUGAUUGAUCAUUUCUUCAAAUGGAUGAUUGAACCUUAA